AUGUUCCACGACCUGACGGACGUGCUCGUCCCGCUGUUCAUCACCACGCGCCGGUUCGGCGGCGACGUGCACCUCCUCGUCAGCAACGCCCAGCCAUGGUGGCUCGACAAGUUCCGGCCUCUGCUCGUUGGAUUCUCCCGGCACGCAGUAGUGGACAUGGGCAGGGGAAGCAGGGGCGUGCUCUGCUACCCCCACGUGAUCCUAGGCCUCGAGUUCCACAAGGAGAUGAGCGUGGACGCCGCGAGGACCGCCGUGGAGUACUCCAUGGCCGACUUCACCUUCCUCGCCCGACGAUCCUACGGCCUGACUCGGGACACGGCCAUCCGUCUCAGCGACGGCAACCGUUCCUCCGCCGUCCGCCCCAGGCUGCUCCUCAUCUCCCGGAAGUCGACCCGGGCGUUCACCAACGCCGGCGCCAUCGCGCGGGCCGCCGCCGCGCUCGGGUUCGAGGUGGUGGUGGGCGAGCCGGCGCGGCACGCGGACCUGCCGUCGUUCGCGCGGGUGGUGGUGCCGCUGGGCGGGCUGGACGCGAUGGCCACGGAGGAGUUCGGCGCGCCCGCGCGCGACGCGGGGCUCAGGUACGUGCACUACGGCAUCUCCGUGGAGGAGAGCACGCUGGCGAGGCAGUACCCGCGCGACCACCGCGUGCUGAGGGACCCCGCGGCGGUGAGAAGGGAGGGGUGGAUGGCGCUGCGGGCGGCGUACCUGGUGGGCCAGAACGUGACGAUCGAUGUCCACCGGUUCAGUGGCGCCUUGCGCCGCGCCAUGGAGCUUCUCCGCCAGACCCACGAGUGA